UCAAUAUGCCCUUGUAUGCCAAGUACAAACGACUCUGUGUGCAAUCAGCGUGACUCUCAUUGACGGCAAUCGCAGUCGUCUUCGCUAAGACCAACGUGUCUUCUCCAUCUUCUCUCCAUCUUUUCUUCACUUCUCGCUAUCACCGUUCAACGCAAGCAGCAGGCUCUGCAUUGCACUAUUGCCUGCGACGGCAGGUUGUACGGCCUCCACUCUCAUCUUAUCCAGCCACCGUUCAGCGAGGCUACGCCAGCAGUAGGAAGAAGAUGCCGCCCAAGAAGGAACAGAAGCAGGAGAAGAUCCUGCUGGGCAGACCCGGCAACAGCCUCAAGAGUGGGAUCGUAUGUACGGCGGACAUGUUGGUCUUGCCAACGUAGGAAAGUCGACCUUCUUCCAAGCUCUGACGAAAUGCUCGCUCGGCAACCCAGCCAACUUUCCAUAUGCCACGAUCGAUCCCGAAGAAGCGCGAGUCAUUGUGCCUGACGAACGGUUCGACUGGUUAUGCGAGCACUAUAAGCCCAAGUCGCAGGUUCCGGCCAAUCUCACAGUUUACGACAUUGCCGGUCUGACGCGAGGAGCAUCAACCGGUGCAGGUCUCGGAAACGCUUUCCUGUCACAUAUCCGCGCAGUAGAUGCUGUGUUCCAGGUUGUACGAUGCUUCGACGAUGCCGAGAUUAUCCACGUGGAAGGUGAUGUCGAUCCGAUUCGCGACCUUGACAUUAUUAGCGAGGAGUUGCGCAUCAAGGACAUCGAGUUUGUGGAGAAGGCGCAUGAGAACUUGGUGAAGCAGACACGAAGAGGAGGACAGUCGCUGGAGAUGAAGAAGCUCAAAGAGGAGCAAGCCACCGUGGAGAAGGUACUAGAGCUGCUAAAGUCUGGCAAGGACGUGCGGCACCACGACUGGCAACCGAAAGAGGUAGAAGUGAUCAACCCGCUCUUUCUACUUACCGCCAAGCCAGCAGUCUACCUCGUCAACCUGAGCGAAAAGGACUAUAUCCGACAAAAGAACAAGCAUUUACCGAAGAUCGCAGAAUGGCUGAAGGAGCAUGCUCCUGGCGAACCUAUUAUCCCAAUUUCAGUUUCAUUCCAGGAACGUCUGACCCGCUUCGAGACCGAUGCAGAGGCAGAAGAGGAAUGCAAGAAGCUCGGUACGAAAGACGCCCUUCCCAAGAUAGUGACUACCAUGCGCAAAGCCCUCAACCUCGGCUCCUUCUUCACGACUGGCACGGACGAGGUACGGCAAUGGACGAUUCGGAACGGUACGAAAGCGCCACAGGCCGCGGGCGUGAUUCACGGCGACUUCGAGAAGACGUUCAUUCAGGUCGUCGUCUACAAUUUCAGCACGCUGAAGGAGGAAGGCGAUGAAGCUGCAGUCAAGGCGAAGGGAAAGGUCAUGACGAAGGGCAAAGACUACGUGGUUGAGGAUGGCGACAUACUGCUCAUCAAGGCGGGCGCGGCGAAGGCUUGAGCCAUCCGACUGCUGUGAGUGGGCGCUGUGUCACAUGUGAUACUCGCAUUAGGCGUCAAAUUGGCCAACUGCAAUGUGUAUGUCAUCGAGCAUCGCACGCAUGAGUGGCUUGGUGCCAUUGCCGCGGAGCGAGUGUUACUUGCAAUGCCGCCGGACAAAGAGACGAAGAUGCACUCGCCCUAUGCGCUUCACGACGCCUGCGGGCCGUCAGUUGUGUUUGACUGUCGCGGAUCGCUCCGCGUGACUUAGAUAGCAUGCACCAAACAUUCAAAUCCUCUGUAUUGUCUCUCGCAAUACACAUACUGAAUUUGAAAACGUCUUCCCAGCCCUCAGCG